AUGUCAGUGUCGGGGAAGAAGGAGUUCGAUGUGAAGCAGAUCCUGAGGCUCCGCUGGAGAUGGUUCAGCCACCCCUCGCAGGGCUCUGCCGGCCCGGGGAGCUGCCAUCAGCAAGAAGGGUACGAACACAGGGGCACCCCGGUGCAGAGCAGGCUCAAGAGCCACUCUCGGGACAGAAAUGGGCUCAAGAAGAACAGCAGCCCCGUCCACCACAAYAUCCUGGCCCCCGUGCCGGGGCCAACCCCCGUGCACCACCGCUCCAUCCACAGCUGGCACCAGCAGAACCUCAUAGAGCAGCUGCGGGCAAAUGAGGAGAUUCCCAAAACUGGCACGGAGGAAAACUCUGUCAAAGAAGAUSCAAGUAAAGCCACGCAGGAGCUGCAGAUGAUCACAGAAGAAAAUGCAGAUGAAUCUGCGGAGAGGCUGUCCACCACCAGCAGCUCCCUGGGCAUGGGCACCAAUGGCUCUGAUGAGUAUUUCCAGUCCACGAACCACGCGGAGCAAACCUUCCGUAAAAUGGAGAGUUACCUGCAGCAGAAGCAGCUCUGCGACGUGCUCCUGAUUGCUGGCGACCAAAAGAUUCCAGCCCACAGGCUGGUCCUGAGCGCCGUGUCGGAUUACUUUGCCGCGAUGUUCACCAGCGACGUGCGCGARGCCAAGCAGGAGGAGAUCAAGAUGGAAGGAGUGGAUCCCGAGGCGCUGAAAGCUCUGGUGCGCUACGCCUACACAGGUAUCCUUGAGCUGAAGGAAGACACGAUAGAGAGUUUGCUGGCUGCGGCGUGCCUCCUGCAGCUCUCGCAGGUGAUCGAGGUGUGCUGCAACUUCCUGAUGAAGCAGCUCCACCCUUCCAACUGCCUGGGGAUCCGCUCCUUCGGGGAUGCCCAGGGCUGCACCGAGCUCCUGAAGGUGGCACACACCUACACCAUGGAGCACUUCAUAGAAGUAAUAAAAAACCAGGAAUUUCUUUUGCUCCCAGCUAAUGAAAUUGCCAAGCUCUUGUCCAGCGACGACAUCAACGUGCCGGAYGAAGAGGCCAUUUUCCAGGCAUUGAUGAUGUGGGUGAGGCACGACCUGCAAACCCGUCAGAGGGACCUGGGGAUGCUCCUGUCCUACAUCAGACUGCCCCUGCUGCCACCCCAGCUACUGGCUGAUCUAGAGAACAGUCCAAUGUUUGCAGAUGAYCUCGAGUGUCAGAAACUGCUCAUGGAGGCCAUGAAGUACCACCUCCUGCCCGAGAGACGCUCCAUGAUGCAGAGCCCUCGGACCAAGCCCCGAAAAUCCACAGUGGGUGCCCUUUAUGCUGUAGGAGGCAUGGAUGCCACAAAAGGAACCACCACCAUCGAGAAAUACGACCUGAGGACCAACAGCUGGAUCCAAAUYGGGACCAUGAACGGGCGACGGCUGCAGUUCGGGGUGGCGGUCAUUGACAACAAACUCUACAUCGUGGGGGGCAGGGACGGCCUCAAAACCUCCAACAUCGUCGAGUGCUUCAACCCCGUCAGCAAAGCCUGGACCGUGAUGCCCCCGAUGUCCACGCACAGGCAUGGCCUGGGAGUGGCCAUGCUGGAAGGGCCCAUGUAUGCGGUGGGUGGGCACGAUGGCUGGAGCUACCUGAACACAGUGGAGCGCUGGGACCCGCAGGCGCGCCAGUGGAACUACGUGGCCAGCAUGUCCACACCCCGCAGCACCGUCGGGGUGGCAGCCCUCAACAGCAAGCUGUACGCGGUCGGCGGACGCGAYGGGAGCUCCUGCCUGAAAUCCAUGGAGUGCUUUGACCCGCACACCAACAAGUGGAGCCUGUGYGCUCCCAUGUCCAAGAGGAGAGGAGGUGUUGGUGUGGCCACCUACAACGGGUUCCUGUACGCCGUGGGAGGGCACGACGCGCCCGCGUCCAACCACUGCUCGCGCCUGUCCGACUGCGUUGAGAGGUAUGACCCCAAAACGGACGCCUGGACCACGGUGGCYCCUCUGAGCGUGCCUCGGGACGCAGUUGGGAUCUGCCCGUUGGGUGACCGACUCUACGCCGUGGGGGGCUACGAUGGCCACAGCUACCUGGACACUGUGGAGUCCUACGAUGCCCAGAACAAUGAGUGGACAGAGGAAGUUCCUGUCAACAUUGGAAGGGCUGGAGCGUGUGUUGUUGUUGUGAAGUUGCCCUGAGGGCUAUAAAUUAUCAUGAAACUGAACUGAGUGGAAUCUCAGAAGAAAAGAAACAUUUCCAGGAGUAGCACACUGCACACACCUCCCUUAUGGACAACAUUUAUCUCUGAGCCAUCACAUUAUUACAGCACUGAAGUGUCUUCCUGCAUUACAAAAAUCAGAAAACUUUGCAUAAGUAAAUAAUUUAUUAUGCCCAAUAUGUAAAAUCCAGUAAAACCAUGUAAAUGGUUCAGGUUUSCUGCACAAUUGUAUCUGUUAUUUACAAAAUGCAGCAACAAGAGAUGUGUACAAGAUUUCAAAAACUUUUUGUCUUUCUAUGUUGUCAGGAAUGCUAAAGUUUAUAAAAAAAAGCUUUUAUAUCAUAAGUAAAUGAAAAAUGACUAGGAAACACUCCAACUGCACAAAAAAAGAAAUAUUUGCUCUUAAAUAUUACUGUCAACAGAAUAUCCUCUGCAGAAGCAACUUAAUUUCUAUAUUCAGAAAGGAAACUCCUGAAUUAAUGUUAAAAUAACAUCAGAGAAGCAGAUCAUUUGGUUGUUAUUUGCCAUCCAGCAUUGCCAGAACUGUGACAGAAUUUCCAUUUUCGCAGUAUAUUGAACUGAAUAAUGCAAGCUAAGAAAUAAUAGGGUUAAGGUAACUUUAUGCUGUUGUGUGCCAGCAGAAAGAUUUCUUUUGUCAAAACACAAUGCAAAUAUAAUUUGCAAUCAUUCUCAGAGCACAGAUCUGUGAUAUUUGAAUAAUGCAGGUUAUUCAUGGAUUUCUCUUUGCCCACUAACCAUCUGUCAGGAUGUGUUAAACUAAUCUGACUAUUCUUGGGAUAAUAACCAUGCAUUAAAUUUUAAAACAAUCAGAUAAUUACAUUCCUUGAAUAUAACUUACAAAAUGAAAUUUUUAUAUCAUAUUGAUAUGACAAUCUUUGACCUCAGCUGAAGAUUACCAGCUUUCUCUCAUGUACAGUAGAAAUAUGGUAAGGAAUAAACCACAUCCACUGUGUAACCAGAUACCAUCUCUGUAAACAUGUCUGUGUUUUAUCUGGAAUUAGGGGAAUGCUAAGGAUCAAGAACAAACAGGAGAAGAAUCACUUGAGAACAGCACRUAGUAUUCCACAUGCAUGAUAUUUUCUUUUUUGCGUGCCAAUUUCUACUGAUUUGCUUUAAUUACAAUUUUUUUAUAUAAUUUCAAACGCUGGAAGUGUAUUCUAGAAA